AUGUCGUUUUCGGAAAAGGAAAAGUUCGAACCUCGACACCUCGAGUCUCAAGGUCAUAUUGAUGAAGAGGAUAACGAUUCAGAUGCAGAGUUUGGGGGCCCCGAAGCUCGUAAGGAGCUCGAGAGGAAAUUCAUCAUGAAACUCGACAUACGUAUGUCAAUCCUCGUGGUGAUUUACAUACUGAAUUAUAUCGAUAGAAAUAACGCGGGUGCGGCACGAUUACGCGGCUUUCAAACCGAUCUUAAUCUUCAAGGUCAGGAGUUUGCGACAAUCCUUUCCAUCCUGUAUGUAGGAUAUGUAAUCAUGCAAGUUCCAUCGAAUAUGUUUCUGAAUUGGAUUGGUAAACCGUCCAUUUACCUACCUGUGUGUAUGAUAGUCUGGGGAGUCAUAUCUAUCUUGACUGGUCAGUUCUUUGUGGGUGCCCUGCUUACGCGCUUUUUCCUCGGUUUUGUGGAAGCGGCCUUUUUCCCCGGCUCUUUAUUUCUGAUCUCGAAAUGGUACAAGCGAAAGGAGGUUGGACUUCGAACAGCUCUACUGUAUUGUGGAAAUAUCAUUAGCAAUGCCUUCGGUGCUCUCGUCGCUUCUGGGAUACUAGAUGGUAUGCAAGGUAAGUUAGGGGACGCUGCAUGGAGAUGGUUGUUCUACAUCGAAGGGAGUCUCACUGUCUUCGUCGCUAUAUGCGCCAUCUUCAUUCUUCCCGAUUUUCCUCGCAACACUAGUUGGCUGACCCCACAAGAACGUCGCCUUGCUAUUAAACGCAUGGAAGAGGACUUAGUAAACAGUGAUCCUGAAGGAGAGGCUAGCCAAGCAAACGGGCUUAAGUUGGCGCUCACAGACUGGAAAGUAUGGUGGUUUGCGUUUGCAUUGUGCUUGCAGAUCGUUGCCGUGAGCUUUAACAUGUUCUUCCCGACUCUAAGCGCAACAAUGGGUUUUAAUCCCACUGUUACGCAUUCCGAUAGGGUAGGGAGAAGAUUUGAAUAUAUCGUGGGCUCCGAAAUUGUUGGCAUAAUCGGAUUUAUCAUUGCAAUGUCUACUAUGAAUACUGCAGCCCGAUAUGUCUCCUUGUUCCUGAUGGCUCAAUCUUAUGCUGGCUUAAUUGUAUUCUACGCAUGGAUGAGCAAUUCCUUCCCUUGGCCAUCGUCAAAACGGGCUGUUUCCAUUGCGUUUAUCAAUGCAUUUUCACAGCUGGGUAAUAUUGCUGGCUCGUAUAUUUGGCCUUCGAACUGGGGCCCGUCAUACCGCUACUCAUACGGCAUCUGUAUUGCAACAUCAGGCUUGAGUAUCAUCAUGUGCUGGAUAUUCAGAGAACAUCUCUCUUCCCUCAACAAAAAGAUGGCUUCGGAGGAACAAGCGAGAGGUGCAACGAGAAAGGGCUUCCGGUACCUCCUAUAG